AUGCAGUUCCUCACCACCAUCGCCGUCACCCUCGCUCUCACAUUCUCCCCACUCGCAACCGCAGCCCCAAAUGCCAUUGCGAACCCGGACCUCCUUCCUCGCGAAAUAUCCAGCAUGCCCAAUGGCAUGAAAUCGCUUCUAACCAGAGACGCCACGGCAGGCUCCAUGGUCAUCGAGAAACGCGCAACCUGCGUUUCUGCAUGUCUUUCUGGCUGCGGCUUCUGUGGCAGCCAGGGAUGUCUCGCCAAUUGUCAGAUUAACUGCAUGGAGAUUGAGGGCUAA